AUGAUUCCUAAUAAAAAACAAAAAAAUCAAGAACUCCCAAAAAAUUUGAAAAGAUUACAAAAACUAAAUGAUAAUUAUGCUUUCCAAUCUUUUGAACCUAUUGAGUCUUUCAAUGAAAAUACUGAAACUACAUCUGAAAAUGAAGAGUAUAUAUCAGAUCUAGCUAGUGAAGUUUGGAAUUAUUUUCGCCUUUUAGAGCAUAUAGAAACAGGAAAUCAUGUUGGAUCAACAGGAAAUAUGUGGGACCAUCUUUCUAGCGUACAUGGAAUUACUAAAGAAAAUAGUUUAAAAUCAAAAGACCAGUUAAAAAUAGAUACUAUAUUUAAAACUACAACUAGUAAUUUAAAGCGCAAACAAAAUCAAACCCAUUCUUUAGUCGAAUGGAUUAUUGAUAGUGCGCAACCAUUAUAUAUUUUAGAAUCACAAAAAUUUAAAGCAUUUAUUGCCACUUUAGAUCCUUAUUAUGAAUUACCCACCCAUUUAUAUGAUGAAGGUUGCCAAUUUUAUAAUACACCAAAUUUGGUUAACUUAGAAAACUUAGAAACGGUCUUUGAUAAUGAGAUUGAAUAUGAAGAUGUUGAAGAGCAUUCUCAACAAACUCCACUAACAAAUUUAACAGAUAUUGUUGAACCAUAUAACUUAGAUAAUGAAUUAUCUACCAAAUCUCUCAAAAAAAAAUUUUGUUCGCUUUCUCAAAAUAAUGAAGUUGAAAAUUAUCUUCAACUUAAUGAGAUUGAUUUAGAAUCAGAUGCUUGCACUUG